UCUCCUCCUGCGCGGCGGCUUCCUUCCUUCCAUCGGUUUAAGUUCGUAGUUAGUGAGCGUUCGUCGUCUGUUGUGUCCUGGGCGCUCUGCGAGGUCGCUAGCAUGGCUAACGUGAAGUCGUUUUACGACAUUACGGCGAAGACGCUGACAGGAGAGGAGUUCAAGUUUUCAACUUUACAGGGUAAAGUGGUCCUUAUCGAGAAUGUCGCAUCUCUCUGAGGUACGACCACCAGGGAUUACACCCAGAUGAACGAGCUCCAUGAGCGUUUCUCAGACAAGGGGCUCGUGGUUCUGGGAGUGCCCUGCAAUCAGUUUGGACAUCAGGAAAACUGCUCAAACGAAGAGAUCCCAAUGUCCCUAAAAUAUGUCCGUCCCGGAAAUGGCUUUGAACCUAAAUUCCAGCUGUUAGAGAAGGUGGAUGUGAAUGGGAAAGAUGCCCACACCCUGUUUGUCUUCCUCAAGGAGAAGCUGCCUUUCCCCAUUGAUGAACCCGUGGCCUUGAUGAGCAACCCUAAAUACAUUGUCUGGAGUCCUGUCUGCAGGAAUGACAUUGCCUGGAACUUCGAGAAGUUCCUCAUUGCACCAGACGGGGUCCCGUUCAAACGCUACAGCAGAAUAUACCUGACCAGCAACAUUGAGGGGGACAUAAAGAAGCUCCUGAACAUUGCUAGCUAAAAUGGUAUAUCUUUGUAUGGUUUUUCAUCUGUGGUAGUUGGUUGUGCCCUUGUUGGGCCCAGUGUUGCUGUAUUGGGACAUUUACUGAAUGGAGAUGCCCUUUUAAAUAUGAUGUGGGGGGUGUCAGAUGCCUUGUAAAAGUCCUGACUUAACAGUUGCAUAGAGCCCAUGUAUGGCACAACAUGCCUUUUGUUGAUCAAUAAAUGGAUGUUCAUUGA